AUCAUACACAAACCAUUAUGACGUUUAUCGCAAUCUAUCUUAAUCAAAAGAAGUAGUACUUUUUAAAUCUAGUUUUUAAAACACAAAUUUUGAAGAAUAGUUAAUUGCAGAAAUAAAAGAAACUGGAGAAACAAAUCAGCAAAUCAAAAGUGGAUGGAUAUGAAACAAAGCUGACAAAUGGAGCCUAAUAUGAAAUAUGUGAUUAUUUCAAUAAUAUCAUAUGUAUAUUUUCAUAUUGAUACAGUUGAUACAGCUGAGGUAGAAUGUAGAAGUGACCAGUGCUCACAUUGUGUGCCUGACUUCAGAGAGAGUUAUAGCUGUUUUGCACAGUUAGCAGGAGGCUUGAGCUGUGACUGUGAUAACUGUCUAUGUCACAAUGGUGUCCCCAGAUUUGGUGCCCUCAUUGCAGAUUUAAUUUCCUCUGUGCAAAGUUCCCAACUGACGGUUCCUGCACUAACAGGUAUCAUCCAACCAUUGGGCGACUCCACACACGCAGGGGUCCAGCAAUUUGUGACAGACAUAGAAGCACUAUAUCCAUCUAUUAACGCAUUCAACCAACUAGAGGAACAAUUCAGUGUCUUAACCAUUGAUGGCUGCCAAGACAAAAGAACAGCUGUUGAGUUUCUAGGUGAAUUACUUGAGGCUAUAUCUGCGGUACAAGUACAGCUCUCACCAUUGAUGGAAACUGCUGAAACACUCUUGUUUGACAGCUCUGUUGACUCUGAUGACGAAGUUGAAGCAUUAACAAUCCUUUUCUAUGAUGUUAUGGACCCUGUUACGUUAUUUGUAUUGCCAGAUCAUGAAUUUGUAGCUACUUGGAUCAGGGAGCACAUCAUUCCUUUUGCUCUUACAAGUACUGGAGGUUGUUUCAAUAGCACAGACUGUCCAUCCAGUAUCCCCCACUGUACAGUUGAGGAAUGUACAUGUCAUGAGUGUAUAACUGACGCAGAGUGUACAUCUGAUCUCCCAGCAUGUGUCUUGUCCAACAAUAGAAAGACGUGUCAACAAUGUGAGACAGACCAGGACUGUAUAGAUUUGGGCUUCCUAGCAUGUGACACGAACAUAAAUGGUGAAAAAGUCUGCAGGAAAUGUGUGAAACAUGACGACUGUACAGAUGAGGUUAGGAGAUUUUGUACAGAAAACUCACUUGGGGUGAACGACUGUCAUGAAUGUAUAUCGAACAUAGACUGUACACUACCUGGUCAGAACGUCUGUGCUGAAGAUAAUACCAAAGCACUCAAAUGUCAGCAAUGUGCUACUAAUGCAGAUUGUAAUGCUGAUCGUCCUAUAUGUGUCAUGGGUAAUGCAGAUACACUCAAUACAUGCUACCAGUGCCUUGUUGAUGAGGACUGCACAAAUAUAGAUUUUCCAUUUUGUGAUACAAUAGAGGGCAGUAGUGUGAAAAUAUGUCAUCAGUGUUCUUUUGGGAUGGACUGUCCAACAGAGACACCGUUCUGUUCUGCAAACAGUGCUGAUGUGAGAACGUGUCAUAAGUGUGGCACAAAUGAUGACUGUACAGAGACUGAUCUAUCUAUCUGUGCUGAGGAUGCUAAUGGAAUAAAAUCCUGUCAUGAAUGCUCUAACAAUACUGAAUGCAGCCUGGCAUUUCCAAUAUGUCAUGCUCACAUAGGUGAAACCAUGCACUGUCAUCAGUGUAUCACAAGUGAUGAUUGUAGUGGUUCUAGUACAUGUGAGGAAGACUUCAGCAAUAUUCUACAGUGUCACGAAUGCCAAACAAACACAGACUGUGUAGGAGUACAUUCACAUUGUAGAAGAAAUGAAGCUGGAGUGAAGAGAUGUCAUGAAUGCCUGUCGGAUUCAGAUUGUCUGAAUGAAACCCUGAAGUACUGUUUUGAAACUAAUGGACUCAACCUCUGUCAGCCCUGUAGAGAGAAUAUCGACUGUGUUCAAACAGGAAAUGGUCUUAAUUACUGUUUCACAUUAACAGAUCUCAAAAAAUGUCAUGAGUGUAAAAAAAAUAGCCACUGCAACAACGGAAAUUUCCCCUACUGUGUUGCUGAUACCAUAGCAAAUGAAAAGAAGUGUACAGAAUGUGUAACUGAUGCUCAUUGUACAGAUCCUGGGCUACAACAUUGUUUUCCUGAUAUAAAUAAUCCAGAACUGUCAAAAUGUCAAGAAUGUCGAGAGAACGAGGAUUGCCCAGUUGAGCUGCCAUUUUGCUACCCAAAUGCUGAUGAUCGUAAGAUAUGUCAACAAUGUACAGAACCAGUUGACUGCCCGCUUGAUGACUUUAAAAUUUGUAAGCCAGAUCCAAGUGGAAUUAACAUGUGUCACCAAUGUGACUUUGAUGAGGAAUGUAGUACUGAUGCUCCAUUCUGUAACCCCAACUCACAAGGUUUAAGUGUGUGUCAUGAAUGUCUAAAGAGCACUGACUGUGUUAAUGAAGCACAGUUAAUUUGUACAGAACUUAAUGGUAAAUCCCAAUGUCAGGAAUGUGCAACUAAUUCAGACUGUAAUGACCAGGCGCUCCCACAAUGUGUGACCUAUCAAAAUACAAAGAGGUGUCAUGAAUGUGCUUCUGAUGAUAACUGCAAUACUGACUCUGAUCUGAAUAUAUGCACUGAUUCAAAUGGUGAUCUAAAAUGUCAACAAUGUAUCUCACAUGCCAAUUGUACUGAUGAUAUUUUGUCUAGAUGCAUUGCAAAUCGAGAUGGAAUCAAAAUGUGUCAGCAAUGUGACAGAAAUCGCCAGUGUACUGAUCCGAUAUUGUCGAUGUGUGUUUCCACUGGAGGAAUUGGGCUCUGUCAACAAUGUAACCGCAACAGAAACUGUGAUGACCCUGACUUAAAUAUGUGCUUACCUAACAGUGACAACAUAAAAAUGUGUCAAGGAUGCGAUACAAAUUCAAACUGCGGAAACUCCUCAUUUCCUUUGUGUUUGGCAAAUACAGAUGAUAUAAAGUUAUGCCAACAAUGUAAAGAUAACGAAGGAUGUCCGAACCAUUUACCACUCUGUGCUGUAAACAGUGAAAACAUUAUGAUGUGUCACCAAUGUGUGAUAACUCAAGAUUGUCCCGAUGAUUCACCAAGAUGUUUAGAAACUAAUGGAGUCAAAUCAUGUCAGGAAUGUAUAACCGAUGACCAGUGUGAAAACCCAAAUUAUCCUAUGUGUGUUUCGACUAAUGGGACAUCACAUUGUCAGGGAUGUUCUAUUGAUGAGGAUUGUACAGAUGAAAAUCUCCCAAUAUGUACGGACAACCCUGAUGGGAUACAAGUAUGUCAGCAAUGCUUGGCAAAUGAUGACUGUGAUGAUCCUAUAUUAUCAAGAUGUAUUUUAUCCGGAUCAAUCAACAUGUGCCAAGAAUGUUUAGAUGAUUCUCAAUGCACAGAUAAUGAGCUACCAAAAUGUACACAGAAUUCAGAUGGACUUCUUCAAUGUCAAGGUUGUGAGAAUGCAACUGACUGCACAGAGGAUGGCAUUGACAUAUGUCUGCUAAAUGACAAAGACAUUAAAGUAUGCCAACAAUGUAAAACAAAUGAAGACUGUACAACAGACUUCCCAUUUUGUGAACUAAACACUGCUAAUAUUCAAAUGUGCCAUGAAUGCAGUAGGAAUGAGUACUGCGAUCCUAGUAUACCAUUUUGCUCUGAAAAUACAAAAGGAGUAAAACGAUGUCAAUCUUGCACAAGUGACGAGUCGUGUGCAGAGUCAGAUUUUCAGUUUUGUAUAGAGACUAAUGAGAUUUCAAAAUGUCAAGAAUGCUCAGUCAAUGAAAACUGCACUGACGAAAAUCUCCCAAUAUG